GGGAGGCGUGAUCGUCCUGUGAUCGCGGCGUCCGGCGGCUGCUGAGGGCCACCGCUCCUCUAGCCGGUGCUCUCGCGCGGGCGAGCCGGCUGCUGACCGCGGGGCCAGCAUGGCGGACGAGCUGAAGCGCUUCCUGUAUAAGAAGCUGCCCAGUGUGGAAGGGCUGCACGCCGUCGUGGUGUCGGACAGAGACGGCGUGCCUGUCAUCAAAGUGGCCAGCGACAGCGCCCCUGAGCACGCCCUGAGGCCCGGCUUCCUGUCGACCUUCGCACUCGCCACAGACCAGGGCAGCAAGCUGGGGCUGUCGAAGAACAAGAGCAUCAUCUGCUAUUACGGCGCCUACCAGGUGGUUCAGUUUAACCGUUUGCCUUUGGUGGUGAGUUUCAUAGCAAGCAGCAAUGCCAAUACAGGGCUGAUCGUCAGCCUGGAGAAGGAGCUGGCCCCGCUGUUUGAAGCACUGAGGCAAGUUGUGGAAGUCUCCUAGCUGCGGCUCCCACCCGGCCAGUCCUCACGCAGACCCGGCCUCGGCGAGGGCCCCUCCCACCUCCCCUGGAUGAGCACAGGCCUCGCCGAUUCCCCCGACGGGCCCUCUGCGGGGGCUCCCAGAUCCACGGCAGCGCCCAUGGAACUCUGGCCACCGGACCCGCAUGCGGGCCUUGCCCUCGGGAGCCUGAGGGGCCUGUGCUCUGCCUGCCUGCCUGCCUGUGCCAGGGGUGUGCAGCUGCCCUGAGCGAGGGCAAGACGUGGCUUUGUGAGGUGACAGACAAUAAACCAGCACAAUCACUGGCUGUCCUCUGCGUUGUGUCCCUGCCAGCACAGAUGGGCUUCGCGGGGCGGGGCGGGGUCUGCUCACAGAGGCUGCUCCACACUCGACAUUUGGGGGCAGCCCACCCCCGGGCUUUCUCAGCCGGUGUGCCCACGCAAUCCAGAACAAUUGAAAGAAUAUUAUUAAACUGGGCAGGGUGGUGGCGUACCUGAUUGAGCGCACGCAGUACAGUGCGCAAGGACCCGUGUUCCAGCCCCAGUCACACCUGCAGGGGAAAGCGUCACCAGUGGUGAAGCAGGGCUGCAGGGGUCUCUCUCCCUCCCCAUCUCGUCGUCCUCCUCACUUUAUCCAAAACAAAUAAAAAUAUAUUUGAAAGAGGA